AUGUAUCUGUUUAUUUGCUUCUACCUCCUAAUGAGUUUUUUUGAAGAAGUUCAUGGCUUUUGUCCUUCACAAUGCACAUGCGUUUACCAUGGCAGAAGUGAUGGCACUGGAACAAGGUCUGUACUCUGUAAUGACCCUGACAUGUAUGAGAUCCCUGUGAAUGUUCCUGUGGAUACUGUAAAACUUCGUAUAGAGAAAACAGUCAUACGAAGGAUUCCAACUGAAGCCUUUUACUACCUGGUAGAUCUCAAAUACCUGUGGGUCACUUACAACUGUGUAGCCAACAUUGAUAUCAGCAGCUUCUAUAACUUGAAACAACUGCAUGAGCUGAGGCUGGAUGGUAAUCUGCUUUCAACUUUCCCUUGGGAAUCCCUGGCAGAGAUGCCAAACUUACGGACUCUUGAUCUUCACAACAACAAAGUGACCAGCAUUCCUGCUGAUGCUGGCCGCUACCUGAGAAACCUGACCUACCUGGACCUGUCCAGCAACAAGCUGACCACAUUGCCAUCAGAUCUUAUGGACAUUUGGCCUCCCUUCUCAGGAACUAUCGUGUCCAAGAAUACAGACAUUCUGGUGACACAGAGAGUAAUCUUGGGUUUUCAGGACAACCCGUGGUUUUGUGACUGUCGCAUUUCAAAGCUAAUUGAAUUCUCCAAAAUUGUGGACACCUCCGUUGUACUUCUUGAUCCACUGAUUUCAUGCAGUGGACCUGAGAGCCUGGCAGGAAUCUUGUUCCAGAGAGCUGAGUUAGAGCAGUGUCUUAAACCGUCUGUGAUGACCUCAGCAACGAAGAUCACCUCCCCGCUGGGCAGCAAUGUCCUGCUACGCUGUGACGCCACGGGGUACCCAACACCACAGCUCACUUGGAAUAGGUCAGACAAUAUUCCAGUGAACUAUACAGUAAUUCAAGAAAGUCCUGGAGAGGGUGUCAGGUGGUCCAUAAUGAGCUUGACAGGAAUUUCGUACAAGGAUGCAGGAGAAUACAGAUGUAAAGCCAAGAACUUGGCAGGAAUGUCAGAAGCUGCUGUGACUGUCACAGUGGUUGGUGUAGUUACUACAACUGUGUCACCACAGAAAUAUGGGAGGAAGCCAGAGGCUGAGAGGCAGAAUACAACUCAGGAGGAAUCCAAGCAGGAACCCGAGAGGACAACCACACCUCUUCCCACCACACUGACUGCUACAGCUCUGGUUAGCACUGAAAGAUCAACCAGUGCGGCAUUGCCUGACAAAAAGCAAUCCAGGCUCAUGUUAGAUGGAAAGAAAGUUUCAAAGGCAGCGACAAAUGGAAACAAAAAGCAGGCUGGAGAUUCAAGCAAGAAGGGUGAGGAUACUUCACUGAACACAGCUGGUACUGCUGAGCAAAAUGUUACUGUGAAGAACCUAAGAGUGAUCAGCGAAACUGAUGAAAGAGUGACCUUAACUUGGAAAACUGUCAAUGGCUCCGGCAAUUCCGCCGUGACUGUGUUAUACUCCAAGUAUGGUGAGAAAGAUAUGUUGCCUCUCAGCACUGAUUCUAACAAAAACAAAGUCACAAUCGAUGGUUUGCAGCCUAGUACUCAAUAUAUGGCCUGCGUCUCACCCAAAGGCGUGCCACCUACAAAAGAGCAGUGUGUUGUUUUCUCCACUGAUGGGUUAAAUGAUGAAAGCAACUCUGAGUUCUCUAUUCUGAUAGUGGCCAGCAGUGCAGGCUGUGUGGUUGUUUUACCUUUGAUAUUUUUCUUACUCUACAAAGUUUUAAAACUUCAUCUGAAACCAAAAUCUGCAAAGGAAGCUGAACUUGCAAAAGAGACUUAUGUACAAUUUGAAACACUGUCGCUGAAGCCUCGAACACUGGGUGCAGGAGACCAGCUCUGGGCACGAAGGUACACAGAUGAGUCAGAAAGACUUCUCCUUUGCUCCAGGUCAAGCAUGGAUUCUCAAAUGACCUUCAAAAGUGAGGGCUCCAGGUCUGAGUAUCUGUGCUGA